CUUCCUGGUUAUUACAGGUGUAAAGUUGAUCAUCUUUUUUUGUGUCCGUGAUGGUGGUGCUGAAGGGUAUCCCCUCUGUGUUGUCACCGGAGCUGCUAUAUGUGCUGGCUCGUAUGGGUCACGGUGACGAAAUAGUUCUUGCAGAUGCAAACUUCCCUGCAUGUUCCACACACCGCGCUGGUCCUGAACUUAUUAGAGCGGACGGUUUGGGUAUACCUAAGCUUCUAGAAGCUAUUCUUCAGCUCUUCCCGCUGGACACCUACGUUACAAGUGCUGUGACUGUAAUGGACCUGGUUGAAAGUGAUAAAGAAAAGGGUCUGAAGACACCAGUGUGGGAAGAGUAUAAACAGCGUCUUACCAAGGUUGGGUAUAAUGUACCAUUGCAUAAGGUGGAGAGAUUUGCCUUCUACGAACAAGCCAAAAAGGCCUUUGCUGUUGUAGCUACCGGAGAAACAGCUCUUUAUGGGAACCUAAUACUGAAGAAAGGGGUUAUCGGACCAAGUGAUCUGGUGUGAUUCUAUUGUUAAAGUUCCAUUCCACUACCUGUAUGCUGCAGGAUUUGCCUCUGUACAAGUAAAGGGGUUAAAGGCAACAACAUCUAUUAAAGUUGUAUUUUGUAUUUGC